CUACUAUCAUUAAUUUAUGCCAUUAUUUCCGUGACUUUCGUUGGAGAAAUUAUUCCUCGUAUUUAUUAUUAAUUCGUCUAAUUAGUAAUUCACCUAACAUUCGCACCAUUCGCAUUUACCAGUGUGAAGAAAAAAUGACGAUCAGUUAUUGUAAAAUAUUGUGUGUUUUAUUGGUUGCUUGUCAGUGUGGAGCGUCACAUGUACGACCCAAACUAGUUAUAGACGAAGAUGGAGGAGCCGAUGACGCAAUGGCCAUUUUUAUGGCUCUCAUUUGUGAGAAAUAUUUGAACGGACCGCAAGUGGUAGGUUUAACCACGGUCCAUGGUAAUGUCAAUGAAAGCCAAGCCUACACUAAUACACAAAGAAUCUUAAACAUAGCUGAGAGAAAAGAUAUUCCAAUCUACCGUGGAUCCCCAUCCCCUUUCACAAGUGGCAUCGAAUCGGACUUGUUUUUUGGAAUUGACGGUGUUGGUGACAAUGAAGUAGAGGAUUACGAUGAAAUUCCUGCAAAACCGACUCACGCAGCUCUGGCUCUUAUCCAUUUUUCACAUUUAUAUGGUGACAAACUUAUAGUCGUAGCAAUCGGAGCAUUAACCAAUAUUGGACUGGCAAUCAAACUGGAUCCAGGGUUUAUUUCAAGAAUAGGACAAUUGUAUGUUGGUGCAGGACAUAUUCAUGAUGCGAAAUACAAAAAAGCUGAGUUUAACGCGGCGAUGGAUCCUGAAGCAUACCACAUCGUAGCCAACCACAGUUACCCCAGCCAAGUCACAGUAGUGCCCUUUUCACCUAUAUUAACCUAUGUUGAGAUAGAAAAGAAUUGGCGUAUCAAUGUACUUGGGAAGAUACCAACAGUUAUUUCAAGUUAUAUGAUGAAAUUCGAACGAAAAUCUAUUGCCGCUGUUAAAUAUUGGGCUAAUUUAGAUCCAGCUGUAAUGGCGGUGGUGCUUCGUGAGAGCUUGGUUGAUGAGUUUAAAUUAUCUUCAAACACUAUUAUUUUAUGUGGUACAGACAGAGGCGUUACUCCACACGAUUUUCUUUUUAAUAACCCAAACACAAGAGUAGCUGUGCGAAUCAACAAAGUAAAAUAUAUGAUAUUUUUGUAUACAGUUUUCUCCACUCCAGUACAAGAUUUCAUAUGAAAGUAAAUCAUAAUUUAUCCUAAUACUUUUAUUCAACAUAAUUAAUACAUCUUAAGAAUACAUGAAAAUUCCGAAAUAUAAACUACAACAUUAAAACGA